GUUUUGAAUUUGUUGUCGCAUUGAAACGUUCGAGCGCUUACGAGAUUUUCUUUCUUUUUUCUGUCUAAAAUUUUUCUUCUCCGUUCAUCAUCAAAGGUUUUUUUUUUGUUAUUUCUUACCAUCGAAGUAGAACGGAGAACUUUGAAAAACUGCUCAUAAAUUCACAGUGAAUAGUCGCCAUAUUAUUUAGAAAGUAAAAUUUUGAAACUCAGAAAGAAUCUUGUUCUCCUGACUAAAGUGCCAUCGAUCGCUAUUUUUAAAGAGCAAUCAUAAUAAAUUAAACUGAUAAAAGACGAAGAAUCCGUAAGCAGUCUAUCGAAACUUAAAAGCCAAGUGCAGUUCAACAUAUAAAAAGAUAUAUAGAAAAGUGUUCAAGCAACCAGCUGAUGUAAAGUGACUACAUAGUCUUGAAAAAUUAAUGAUUACAAAUUGUGCUUUAUACGAAAUAAAUUAUGGAUCGCACAGAUUAUUGUUUUGGAAGAAUUGAUCCAUUUGAUAACAGAACACCAUACAGAUGUGCUCUAAAGGAGAGAGGAAUCGCCCCAGGAUUGAAAAUGGGCAAAAGUGAAACAAUCGACGAAAAAUUUGUUCCACAGCCAGUGGGAAAGUUUGAAAGUUAUUUGAAUGCUUUACUUGCUGACCUUCAAAACACGGUGCCUGGCGCCCAUUUGACUCCCGUCAAUGGAACAGCUAAUGGAACAUCCGGAUACGGAUGCUUGAAAGGUGUCAGAAGAAAGGAACCUCAGAAUGGUUCGGCUUAUGAAAACGGAAAUUUCAACAACAAUCGUCAAACGUCGACGUCGCCAACAUUCAAUUCGUUGCCACGAACUUCGACGCCACAAAAUAAAGCUCUUUAUAGUAACGGAACUGGUUCAGCAACAAGUGGAAAUUUAAGUGAAUUGGACUCGUUAUUGCAGGAUCUUAGUAAUGCACGUUAUGGUGGUGGAAUUGAGAAGAAACAUGUCAAUCAUUCACAUGCUAGUGUGCCAAUGAACGGACAACCAAAUCCUGGCUUGUCACAGGACAUUAUCGAUCAAAUUCAGCGUCCAUCAGUCGACAGUCUGUUAGACGAACUUAGCAAUGCUCGAAGUGUUAGUCCAGUGUAUGCUGUGCCACAUGAUGGAGCUGAUGGAAAACCAAAAGCAGGUCGUCAUGUGACAAUUACUGUAAAGGAAACAACAACGGAGCGUGUUUCAGGAACUCCUAGUCAAUCACGAUCCCAAAGUUCGUUGAGCCAAACAUCUCCAGCAUUGCACAAUGCAUCAACAGCAACGAAAGAAUUGGAUGAUUUGAUGGCUUCGUUAUCAGAUUUUAAGAUUAAUCCAUCGCAACAGCAACAACAACAACAAUCAGUAACAGAUUACGUGAAACCAACAAAAGGCGUCACUCAUUAUCAAGUUAGCGAAGAUACAAUUGUUGAAACAACGUUCGACAAAGGCGAACCCCGACGAGAUCAACUUGAGUUUAUGCUUGGUAAUCUUCAAGCAGAUAUGUCACGUCAAGGUGUAAACACAAUGCAAAAAGGAUGUUGUAGUGCAUGCGAUAAGCCAAUUGUGGGUCAAGUCAUAACAGCACUCGCAAAAACCUGGCAUCCAGAACAUUUUACUUGCAAUCACUGCAAUCAAGAGUUGGGCACAAGAAACUUCUUUGAGCGUGAUGGAAAUCCAUAUUGCGAAGCUGAUUAUCACAAUUUAUUUAGUCCACGUUGCGCAUAUUGUAACGGUCCGAUUUUGGAUAAAUGCGUAACUGCACUUGAUAAAACUUGGCACACCGAGCAUUUCUUCUGCGCUCAAUGCGGCCAACAAUUCGGUGACGAUGGUUUCCAUGAACGCGAUGGAAAACCUUAUUGUCGUAACGAUUAUUUCGAUAUGUUUGCACCAAAGUGUGCUGGAUGUAAUCGUGCGAUCAUGGAAAACUACAUUUCAGCUCUUAACAGUCAAUUCCAUCCGGAUUGCUUUGUGUGCAGAGAUUGCCGACAGCCUUUCUAUGGCGGUUCAUUCUUUGAUCACGAGGGAAUGCCAUAUUGUGAGACACAUUAUCACGCUAAAAGAGGAUCAUUAUGUGCCGGUUGUUCCAAGCCCAUAACCGGUCGUUGCAUAACAGCCAUGUUCAAAAAGUUCCAUCCUGAACAUUUCGUAUGCGCAUUUUGCUUGAAGCAAUUGAACAAAGGCACGUUCAAGGAGCAGAAUGAUAAGCCAUACUGUCAUCAGUGCUUCGACAAGCUGUUCGGAUAAAUGGGAGAAAGAUGUUGUUGAACGAACAAUUGUGCGUGUUUGUUGAGAGUAUUUUUAAUCAAUUUAAUCAUCGAAUCGCGAUUCGAUGGUUUGUUUUUCAUUGAUUUUUGAUACAUGAUUAUAUUGACUUCUACACUACCUACAUAUACAGGAUAAAGUUCCAAUUUCAUUUUAAUUAAAUUCUCAAGAAUCGUGAUUUUAAGUUAUCUGAAAAUGGAUCAAUUUCCUUUGAAUUUAACCAACUUAACAAAUGAAAUAUUACUUCAAUUUUCCAAAUGUAAUGACAAUUAGAAUGAGAGCUUCUAGAAGCUGAGUAGAAGCUUAAAAAUCUUAACACAAAUGUUAAUUCCCUUUUUGUUUUAUUUAUUUUUCUUAUUAUUGACAAUUUGAAAGUCUUUUUAAAUUCAUAAUCUUAUCUUUUGUCUUGUGUAAUCAUCCAGAAAACGCUGCAAGUCAUUAAAAGUACCGAAAAAUAUUGAAAUCAAGUUUCAAAUUUUCUUUUUUCCUUUUUGUAAUUUUCUUCUUCAUCCUUCAUUCUUAUUAAUAAGAAAAGAAAUAAAAGCUUAAGUUGGAGAAAAGUAAAUUAUGUCAAUGGUUAAAUGAAAGAAAAUCUUCCACUCUCCAUUAAUCAUGUUUUAAAAUCACAGAAGAAAAUUAUUUUGUAAUCACAUCAACAAUUAUAGUCAUGUCAUCAUGAAUAUUGUAAAAAAAAUAUGAAAGCAAGAAGUUCCACCCCUAACCUUCCCUCUCUUGUUCUGAUCAAAAAAAAAAUAGAAAGAAGGAAAAUCCUUAAAAGAAAUCAUUCGUGCAUUUUCUUGAUAAAAAAAUUAUUUAUGCAUAGCUGAAAGUUUUCAUAAAGCUCGACUGUUGAGCAACUGAUAAAAGAAUUUUCUUCGUUUUUUCAAUUAAGUGCAGCGUAUUAGAUCAUUGAAUCAAAAGAAAGAAAACAUAACAUGGAAUAAAAUGAAAAUGAUGUCAUAACAAGGAAACAUUUUGAAUCAAUUAGAAUAACUUCCUUAUAAAUACAUAGUUUCUUUUUUAAAAAUUCAUAAGAAAACACUUUUAAAAGCAUUCAAGAAAGUUGCUAAAUAAACAAAAGGAAAUUUUUAGAACCCGUCGAGAUGAAAAGAAGGAAAGCAAAAAUUAAGCAAUCGCGAUAGGAAAACUGCAUAAUCAAGCGUAAAGAAUCCGCUUUUUUAAAAAGUCCUUUUUUUAACUAUGUCUUAUCAUUAUCAUGCUUCGCUGAAGCAUAACGAAAUCAAAAACAAUUAAUCAAAAAUCCAAUGGCCAUAAAAGUUUAACGAAUGAAAGAGUCGACUAAUUAAAAACUUCUUCCUUUUGUUCUCCCUUUUUCCUUUAUUUUGUUUAUUCAAUGUUUUCUCCUUUCUUAACAAAAUAAGGAGUCGUUCUUAAGUUGAGUCACAAUUUAUUUAAAAUCCUGAUGCCAUAACGUUUCAUCCAAUAGAAAUCUUGUGACGCAAUAUUUAAAUAAUAUCAUUAUGUUUUGUUAUAAAAUUUUAUCCUUAUUUGAAUGAAGAAAUAUUCAUUGUGAAGAAAUUGAUAAAAGAAUAUUUGAGAAAUAAAUAACAGUCAAAAAGCA